UUUUGAGUCAAGAUUCCUCCUUCUGAACAUGGGACUUUCCAGCAGGACCACAGCUCCUUCCGUGCACUCAUCUGGCCUAGGAUGGAUACCCUGGUUUGCCGAGGGAGUCUUCCAAGGGAGGACGGCAGCCAUGUGGUCCCUCUGGAGUCUUCUCCUCUUUGAAGCUCUCCUUCCCGUUGUGGUUGUCAGUGUCCAAGUGCUAAGCAAGGUAGGGGACUCCGAGCUGCUGGUGGUGGAGUGUCCUCCGGGCUUCCAAGUGCGUGAGGCUAUCUGGCGAUCUCUGUGGCCAUCAGAGGAGCUCCUGGCCACAUUUUUCCGGGGUUCCUUGGAGACUCUAUACCACUCUCGUUUCCUGGGCCGAGUCCAGCUAUAUGACAACCUCAGCCUGGAGCUUGGACCCUUGAAACCUGGAGACAGCGGCAAUUUCUCUGUGCUGAUGGUGGAUACAGGGGGUCAAACCUGGACCCAGACCCUGCAUCUCAAGGUGUAUGAUGCAGUACCCAAGCCCGAGGUUCAAGUGUUCACUGCAACCGAGGAGACUCAACCCCUCAAUACCUGUCAGGUCUUCUUGUCCUGCUGGGCCCCCAACAUCAGUGACAUAACCUACAGCUGGCGACGGGAGGGGACAGUGGACUUUAAUGGCGAAGUACGCAGCCAUUUCUCAAACGGACAGGUGUUAAGUGUCUCACUGGGGCUGGGGGACAAGGAUGUGGCCUUUACCUGCAUUGCCUCCAACCCUGUCAGCUGGGACAUGACCACAGUCACCCCCUGGGAGAGCUGCCAUCACGAGGCAGCCUCCGGGAAGGCCUCCUACAAGGACGUGCUACUGGUAGUAGUGCCAAUUACACUGUUCCUGAUCCUGGCUGGUCUCUUUGGGGCAUGGCACUAUGGCCUCUGCUCAGGGAAGGGAAAGGAUGCUCGCACUGACAGAGUGCUUCCAGAGACAGAGAAUGCCCUCGUAUAGAUGUCAUGAAGGACAACAUAAACUGGUGCUUGGACCAUGAGGAGAUACCCUGCUCAGCCAUGUGAUGCUCCACACCUGGACACCUCCAGGAUCCUCAUAACUUCUACAAGUCGGCCUGCCUCUAGCCGACAGCCAAGAAAGCCAACAUCUGGAACAUCACCCUGGCCCAAACUUCCUCCUUCCUCCAUCCUGUUUGCACAUGCUGGAUCCUCUCUGGGCAAGAUGAACCAGUAGGAUGCUUCCCUCAGAACACUGGACUUUCUCUAGGAUCCACAGGGACAUUGAUUAUCCAAGGUGUCCAUUCUUCUAUCACUGUACAUAAGGUCCUGCCCAACAGCCACCAAGAGACUGCCUCCAGGCCAGGACCUGGGCUCAAAGAGAGAUGAGAUGUUUGAACAUGGAAAUUGAGCUAACCAUUGACAAGUCCAACCCCUGGGGUCUGGGGUCCUUGUGUUCAAGAUGUUGUUAUGAGAAAAGGCAAAGAACAGGGAAAGAUGGAGAGUGAAGCUUUCCCUUUCUGGUCUGAAGGACUUUAAGAUUAUCUGAGUUUAAGGUCCCUCAAAGGUAAAUCGAGGUUACAGAUGAUGAGGGGUUGGUAGCUAAUGCGCCAUGUUGGGAUCGAAACCAUUUUUCUGGUAGCACCAUAUUAAUAGAUAUCUUUGUUGCCAUUAA